UUCCAACAUCUAAUUCAAAUGUUUCAACAAAUGAUUCUUCUACAAAAACUCUACCAACUAAUUCUUCAAAGAAUCCGCCAAGUGUGAACAAUAAUGGUCGAGAAAUAAUUACUUAUGGUCAUGGGCAACAAAUCCCUGAUAGUUAUAAUUCAACAACCUAUAAUCAAAGAGCAUAUUGA